AUGCAUGCAACAUGUCCACCGAUAGAGGGCGUUCACAUAGUAUCCGGAACAUAAACAGCACCUUGCAGUACUAGCGCUAGCGGCCCAAGAUGUGAACCGGUGUACACCAGCUUUAGCCAUAGCGGUAGUAGGUCAUCAUGGAUCUAUCGCCCAAUCUUCAACGUGGAUGGGUUCAGCGCCGAGCCCGCCCACAGAGCGCCGAUGGUGACUUCGUGGUGUUGACCUACAACAUUCUAAACAAGGCCUUCUGUCCGGAGGGAUUUUACCCGUACUGCCCAAGUGACUUGUUGGCCUCUGGCCGGAGACACCCACUGUUGAUGAAGGAGAUUGACCACCAUAGGGAUGCAGAUGUCCUCUGCUUCCAAGAGGUGAACAGUCGCUACUACGAGGAAGUUCUCGAGCCUGACAUGCGAAGCAGAGGGUAUACCGGUUGUUACUUCAUGAGGCCGGAGGAUGAGACUACGAAGGUCGACAUAAACUUGACAGACGGCAGUGCCACGUUUUACAGACAGGAUCGUUUUCAACUGGUGAAGGAGGAGGCUGGUCAUUUUAAACACUUGUUUCAACAGGAAAUUAAACUCCGCCAAUUUCAGCCAAGUGCGGCCAGUUCCCUGCUAGACCUGGCUGAUAGUACAAGGGUGUAUAUUUUCACCCUGUUUCGUUGCUUGAAGACGAAGAAUCUUGUUGCCAUUGGAAACAUUCAUCUGACGUUCGAAUUCUUCAUUAGGAUGGAUUUGACAACACUGGAGGCCGCAUUCGCUGUGAACAGACUGGUCCAGUUUGCCGGCGGUGUUGACGUGCCGCACAUCUUGUGCGGUGACUUCAACCAGGAACCGCACCAUCCGGGAUACCAGCUGUUGCAUGAUGGGACUUUGAACGAAACCAUGACGACGUACCUACACACCUUUGAUUCUCGAGACUGCGAGCAGGUGACGUCAUUACUGGAUGCUUUUCUGGGUUGUUUCAAGCACAACUCUGGGAGCUUGAAGAGUGCCUACAAAACAGUGGUGGGACAUGAGGUGCCAUUUUCCGACUACGAAGAUAACUCGGAGUAUAUCAGACGACCAAAGACCGAUCAAAAAAGUGAAGCAGUUCAGGCGCUGUUUGAUGGCACAUCCACACAUCUAAAGGUUCGUAAGACCGAUCCAGAAGCCUACGCAUCUCAGAAAUUUGUGGCAGCCUUGGACUACGUGUGGUUCAGCUCCAACACACUGCACUGUGACGGUGUUCUUGAGAUGGUCGACGAAGAGCUGAUUGUGCCCUUCCACGCCUGUCCCAAUGCAGCUUUCCCUUCCGAUCAUCUGCCUAUUAAGACCAGGCUUGCUUUCAUCAAGGGUUCUGGCAAGCCAAGGCUGAACUCUGCCUUGUAGUGGUUGCAGGAGAACCAUGCUAAGCUCUGCUUAUUUCCUGGGAACCAGUGUUGUAGUCGAGACCACUUAAGACCUUCACAAGACCACACAAGACCAACACAAGACCUCUAGUCUGAA